UGUCACUGUCAAAGUCAAAGUAAUCUUUGGUUUAUAUUAAAGUGCUGAUAAAAAUAAACAAAAUCGAAUUUGUGUAUGACCAUGAUUUAAAAUUAAAUUGAAAUGCAAAUUUUACUUGUAUGUCCUAUUAAAACUAAUCUAUUCAUUGGAUUCUAAAGUUUGUCAUUUGGUUAUGAAAUUCGGGUGGCUGUACCGCUCUAUGAUUGUGAUGCGUCGACAAUUCUUAAGGUUGCUAAGACUAAGAAACCUCCUUACUAUAACCUUUUUAGUUAUCUUACUGUAUGUAAUAAAGACUUUUUAUGAUAAUAAAAGUAACAGUGGUCAAACUGAUUAUUUCAUUCCAAAGAGUUUAAAGAAAAUAGACUGGCACAAUUAUACACAAAUUGAAUAUGAGAAAAAACGUCAAGGAAUCGGUGAGCAUGGUUUACCGGCACGGUUGCCUGAGUCAUUGGCAUCACUGGAGGAACAAUUGUACUCUGUCAAUGGUUUCAACGGAGCAUUGAGUGAUAAGAUCGCUUUAAAUCGCUCAUUACCUGAUAUCCGUCAUCCGGGUUGCAAGGACCGCAAGUAUAUAGAGUCUUUGCCAACUGUGAGUGUGGUUGUGCCCUUUCACAAUGAACACUGGAGUACGUUGCUGCGGACAGCUUAUAGUGUUCUUAUUAGAUCCCCAGAGUUUCUCAUCAAGGAGGUAUUCUUAGUUGACGAUGCAAGCACGAAAGAUUUUCUAAAGCAGAAGCUAGAAGACUAUCUAUCUGAGCAUCUACCCAAGGUUAAGGUGGUGCGGCUAGCGACGCGGAGCGGGCUGAUAACCGCGCGGCUGGCGGGCGCGGCGCGGGCCACCGCUGACGUGUUACUGUUCCUAGACUCACAUACUGAGGCUACUGUCAACUGGUUACCACCAUUACUAGAGCCGAUAGCUUUGAACUACCGCACUGUGGUGUGUCCGUUCAUCGACGUGAUCGCGUACGAUACGUUCGAAUACCGCGCCCAGGACGAGGGCGCGCGCGGCGCCUUCGACUGGGAGCUCUUCUACAAGCGACUGCCCGUGUUGCCACAAGACCAGCGGAACAUGCCGGAACCUUUCCAGAGUCCCGUGAUGGCGGGUGGGUUGUUCGCGAUAUCUCGCAAGUUCUUCUGGGAAUUGGGUGGCUACGACACCGGUCUCGACAUCUGGGGCGGUGAGCAGUACGAGCUCAGCUUUAAGAUCUGGCAGUGCGGCGGGCGCAUGGUGGACGCGCCGUGCUCGCGCGUUGGCCACAUCUACAGGAAGUUCGCUCCCUUCCCCAAUCCCGGACACGGGGACUUCGUCGGCAGGAAUUACAGGCGAGUGGCGGAGGUGUGGAUGGACGAGUACGCCCAGUACUUGUACAAGCGACGGCCGCAUUACCUGAAAAUAGAUACAGGUGACAUCUCCCAGCAAAGGCGGCUGCGGGAGAAGCUGCAAUGCAAGUCUUUCCGAUGGUUUAUGACGCAGAUAGCAUUCGAUUUGACUGCAAAGUAUCCUCCAGUUGAACCAGAACCUUUCGCCGAAGGAAGGAUAAGGCCGGCGACACACGGGCAGCUGUGCGCGGACAUGCACCGCGGCGAGCAGGGAGAGGCCUUGCAGCUGGCGGCCUGCGCGCGCGCCGCAUCCACCGAGCAGCACUUCCUGCUCUCCUGGCACAAGGACAUCAGGUCUAAAGACAGGAAUAUGUGCUGGGAUGUACCAGACUCCAGACCGGAGCAGCCAAUCAUAUUGUACUCCUGUCACCUCGGUGGUGGCAACCAGCUUUGGAGGUAUCAUCCGGCAACGAAACAAUUAAAGCAUGGCGGCAAUGAGAACUGUUUGGAUUGGGAUAAAACUAGUCGCAAAGUGUUUAUCAACCGAUGCAAUAACGCGGAGUCCCAGCGGUGGGACAUCGACCAUGUCAGUGAUGACGUCAUGGCGAAGUGGGAUAAGACGGCACUCGUUGUCACCGGACCUAUUGAAGAUUAUUGAAAAAUAAUAAAAAGGACUCCAUUGUAUUAAUAAUUGUUUAGUCAAGUACCACAAUAAAGGUUCAUAUACACAAAAUCCGGAAUCGUACGAACGCUCGGUAGUCCGGAUUCCGGAUUACGUCUAAAUGAACCUUAAUGGCUACGUCAGUUUUAGCUUGUCGUUUUUGACUACCUAUAAAUGUAUAUGACAUACCUUCGUCUGAUGAGUGUGGUACCG